GUGUGUGUGUGUUUUUUUUUCUUAUUUGCCAACACCAACAAAAAAAAAUAUAAGGAGAGGCAAAGCAGAUCUGCUGAUUGGACUUGACUUCUCUUCCUUUGCUACCUGGAGACCUGAGCCAUGGGGAUGUGUGUGAUGGAUUUCCCCAGGAGGGGAGAUUGGGGGUCCAGACCAGGGUCACCUGGCUGGAGGAUGGGUUGUCCAGGGAGCAGGUGGCUGUGGCUGUGUACCCUGAGGUUACUCUGCAUUGUACCUGCAGGAGAGCCAGUCCAGAGAGGAGACCGAGAUACCAACGCCGGGUUCCCCAAAGCCAUGGACAACGUGACGGUCAGACAGGGAGACAACGCUGUGCUCAGGUGUGCCAUCGACAGCGGAGUGACGAGGGUGGCCUGGUUGAAUCGCUCCAGCAUUCUCUACGCAGGGAAAGAUAAGUGGGCGACCGAUCCGCGAGUGGUGCUUUUGACCAACAGCAAAACCGAGUACAGCAUCGAGAUACAGGGCGUGGACGUGUAUGAUGAGGGUGCUUACACAUGCUCGGUCCAAACACACAAUCACCCUAAGACAUCUCAGGUGCAUGUGAUAGUACAAGUGCCGCCCCAGAUCGUCAAUAUCUCCAACAGCAUCUCUGUGAACGAGGGAAGCAAUGUGACCCUACUCUGCCUCGCCAUCGGACGCCCGGAACCUGUCGUCACAUGGAGGCACCUCUCUCCCCCAGUCCGAGGUUUCGCCAGCGAAGACGAGUAUUUGGAAAUCACAGGAAUCAGCAAGGAGCAGGCGGGAGAUUAUGAGUGCCAGGCGGUGAAUGAGGUGUCAUCUCCUGAUGUACGGAAAGUCCAAAUAAUAGUCAACUACGCGCCUUACAUGUCGGACGGCAGGAGUGUGGGGGCAGCAGUCGGCCAGAAGGGAAUCCUGAGGUGUGAGGCUUUCGCUGUUCCCUUGGCGGAAUUCGAAUGGUACAAGGAAGAGCAGAGACUCUCCAAUGGACUGAACGGAGUGCAGAUUAAGAACAUAGACGGCAAGUCUAUGCUAACCUUCUUCAAUGUCUCGGAAGAGGACUACGGGAACUACACCUGUGUGGCCAUCAACAAGCUGGGAUUCUCUAACACCAGCGUGCUGCUCUUUGAAGUAAGUGAGCCAACAAGCUCAUCUCAGAAUCAAGAAGAGAAAACUUCCACAAUUCUUGCAAAUUGGAAAGGACCCGGAGCAGUCCAGGACCACAACAACGCACCUGCGGGGAUGACCUCUUCUCUCUGGCUGCUGGUGAUAAUCUUCGUUCACUUCCUCUUCAAGUUUUGACCUGGUGUCCGUGCCAUUUGAACAGCGCACUGCCUCUAACCCGAACAGAACGAAAUAAACUCUUAUCCUGCACAGGUUACGUACAGGCUACGAAAACAUCGCCGAUAGAUUUGAUUCUGUGCUGACAAGUACUUGUUUUUUUUUUCCCGUGACUCCAUAACUGGUAUGUUUUCCCCUCUGUUGGCUGCAGGGUGCUAGUGCGUAAUCAUUCUCAGAAUCCUUAGCUCAGUGACAGGUUCCCUUCUAACCUCCCAUCUUUUAGCUGAUGUAACGUCCGCAGGGUUUUAAUGCUUUCCAAUGAUGCUUAUUUAUGCGGUAUUCCUUUACCAGUCUCGACCUCCCAUACAGUGAAGCUUGUCUGUGGUUUUAUCACAUCAACCAUAUACUACACCCCACCUACAGUGUUUCAAGGCUACCAGACAAACCAAUGUAAUAUCGCCUGUAGCCGAAAAAAAAAACACACAAAAAAAAAUACGGGGCAGUUUUACAUUAAAUAUCAGAAUCUUUAUCUUAAAAGCAAAUAUAUUCCAGAAAUAUAUCUCACUAAUGUCUAGGCCCAUAUCAGCUAUCACUAUAAUAUAUAAAGUGUGGAGAAACUAAUACGAUUGUAUCCGUCACGUACGUUAAAGUAACUGUAGAAGUCUUUAGCUUCACAUCCCAUCGUGUAAUUCUAUUCACACGAACCGCAGUCGGUCGGUGCAAAAAAGGCGCGCGUGUGUGUGAUUCCUGUUGAGAUCUUCCUUGAAACUUGCAGUUGAAAUUGGCCAAAAAUUAUCAGUGUGCGAGAGAGAGUGAUAGCCGUAUGAAAUACAUCCCCCGCCCAGCACUCUGUGUAUUUGGGAUCUUUGCUGACUAAGCUUUAUAACCCGCAACGAAAGUCGUGUGAUUGCUUAAAGACGCGGCAUUCCUCUCAUUCUGUUUGGCAUUUGAUGCGUUUCGGUCAAGAACCAAUUAUUAAAUGUGCACAGUGUUACCCUUUAAA